CGGAGGCAUUAGGAAAUGUCAGGCUGGUAGGAAAUUCAUCGAUGUUAUGAAGGUAUGACAGCUGAGAUUAAAACUCAAGUGAUGUCCUAGCCUUUAGAUUGUCAAAGGAAAGUGACAGUGGCAUCUAAGGAUGGAAAAAGUUUGUUUUAACGUCGACGUUACAGAUUUUUAGGAAGACAUUUCACAACACGCAAUACCGUCCACAGCGUGGGACAUUUUUUUUUCUGGACGUCCCAUUUGCGGAAGUGUCAUCAAACUUAAAGGAGUUGGCCGGCCAGCCUAAUGGAUUUCCUUUUCUGUUUACUACGACGAUUACACAGCCGAAUAUGACAGGUUGUUGUGUUGUGUCAUCAGGAUAUAGAUUGCGGACAGGUUAUACUAGCUAGGAUCUUAUCGGAGCACAGAUGGCCUCAGUAACACAGAAAAGAAAUGGCAUUUGUGGUAUUGCCUAAUCAAGGUGUGGUAUUCCAUCUCAAGAAAACAUUCAACUAGUGAUGGCCCCGAAAAGGGGGUAGUCGUCACAGUGUUGAUUUAUAUUGCCAGAAAUCUAAUUAAGGACAGCUGAGCAAAAUGGGGAACAUAUGCAAAAAGUUGUUCUUCACAAACAAACCAGGGCCCAAGGUCCGGACAGUUGUUCCUAAUCUGACUCAGCCAGAAAAUUUACCUUACCGCCACAAAAACCAUCCUAACAGAGAGUAUCCGUCCAAUCGUGUCAAAACCACGAAGUAUACCAUUCUGACGUUUUUACCCAAGAAUCUUUUUGAACAGUUUCAUCGUUAUGCAAACAUAUAUUUUAUGAUGGUGGUGUUGCUUAACUGGAUACCUGGUGUUUCUGCUUUUGGGAAAGAGAUCUCCAUGAUACCUCUCAUGUUUGUUUUAUCUGUGACUGCUGUUAAAGAUGCUUACGAAGAUUUCAGGCGCUAUCAGUCAGAUAAGCGUGUGAAUGCAGCAUCAUGUCGUCGUUAUUCAAGGUCAGAAGGGCGCUAUGUGAGGGCAACGUGGUGUGAGCUGCGGGUGGGGGAUUUUGUUCACCUGUCCUGUAACGAGAUUAUCCCUGCUGACAUCCUCCUCCUGCGCUCCAGUGACUCCUCCAACGUGUGCCAUAUAGAAACCAGUAACAUUGAUGGAGAAACCAAUCUCAAACAGCGCUUCACUGUCUCGGACAGCAGCAAUUCUGCUGAAAAUUUCAAACCUAUGAAAUUCACCCGUAGCAUAGAAUGUGAACUUCCAAGUACAGAUAUCUACAAGUUUCACGGAAAUAUUAUAUUAAAUGAAAAUCGGAAGAUUCCAAUAACCCAAAAUAACUUACUGCUGAGAGGAUGCGUAAUUCGGAACACAGACUUUGUGGAAGGGAUCGUCAUAUAUGCAGGUCCAGAGACGAAGGCCAUGCUGAACAACCGAGGCCCUCGGUACAAGCGCAGCAAACUGGAGAGGAGGAUGAAUAGGGAUCUGGCCUGGUGUGUCGUACUGCUGCUCUUCCUCUGCUUCUUCUGUGCCAUAGGCAGUGGCAUCUGGAUUGGGAACUACGCAGAUAUUUCAGCUGUACCUUUCAUCCCCCAGCAGCAGUUUGAUGACUUCAGUCCACUUUACCAGGGAUUUUUGGUCUUCUGGACAUAUAUUAUUAUAUUUCAGGCAGUGAUUCCAUUACCUCUCUACGUGUCGCUGGAGGUGAUUAAGCUGGUGCAGGUGUACUUCAUCCAGAAUGACAAGGAGCUCUACUAUGAACCCAUGGACAAGAGGUUGGAAUGUCGAGCUCUUAACAUCACAGAAGACCUGGGCCAGGUGGAAUACAUCUUCUCUGACAAAACAGGAACGCUGACAGAAAACCAGAUGGAGUUCAAGUCCUGUACGAUAGGAGGCAUUGACUAUCCUCAUGGUGAGAUGGAGGAUUCAGCCAGUGAGAUGAGGAGAAGCCGCCUUUCCAUGAGUAACAUCAGCAGAUGCAGUUCUGAGUUUUUGGACCUGAGGCUGGAACCAUCGCUUCAGAGAGACGUCUCCAUCAUGUCGCUGCGAACCCUGGACAACAUUGACAUUAUGGUGCCGCCCCAGACGAAACGAGUGCACGACUUCUUCCUACUCUUGACAAUCUGUAACACAGUGGUUGUCUCCCCUCAUUCCCAUCAGGAUCACUUGGAUGCCAGUGGUCUGAUCAUACAGAAUGGUGACGGUGGGAAUGACAGGCACCAUGGGGAUGAGAGCUUCCCUGCAGGCAGAUACCGUGGUUUGGAGAACGUGGGGUUUUCUGUGGAGGACGACCUGUCGUCGCGCGCCCGCACCCCGUCGGAGGGUAGCAUGACGGACACUUCUACCUCUAUACUCUCGGAGUCUACCCUGGAAGGACGGUAUGACGCAGAAAGCCCAGAUGAGUUGGCACUUGUCAAGGCGGCAAGCACAUAUGGCUGUCGUCUCCUCAAGAGGAUGCCUCACAGCGUGAUGGUGCUCUUGCCAGCAGAGGGCGUUGUAGAGUUUGACGUCCUGCACGUCCUUCCCUUUGACUCCGUCCGCAAACGCAUGUCUGUGAUAGUCAGAUGUCCUAACACCAAGGAGAUUAUCUUGUUCACGAAAGGUGCUGACAGUGCCAUCCUUAGUCAACUUAGCAGGUGUUACAAAGAGAAGGAAGAAGACAAGAGAGUUAUGGAGCUCACCCUGGACCACUUAGGCUCUUAUGCCAGGAAGGGCUUGAGGACACUUUGUAUGGCAAAGAGGGUUUUAGAUCCACAGGACUAUGAGAUAUGGAGACUCAAACACUUGGUGGCUGAGAACAGCAUGGAGGAUCAGGAGAAAAAACUGUUUGAUUCGGCCUGUAACAUCGAGAUGGACCUAGAAUUGCUAGGUGCGACAGGUAUAGAAGACAAGCUUCAGGAAGGCGUGCCAGAGACGAUAGCUAACCUGAGGAAGGCAGGCAUCAGGAUCUGGGUGCUGACUGGGGACAAGCAGGAGACAGCCAUUCAGGUGGCGUAUGCUAGUAAGCUGAUCUCAUCAGGUGAAGAACUGAUAAUCAUCAAUGCCAAAAACAAGGAGGAGACAUGUGACUUGCUUCAGCACCAUUUAGAACAAAUGGAGAAGGAUGCGGAGGCUACUAGUGGGGAAAGAACAAACUGGGUGGCCAAGAGAAGAUCCCCCAAGAAGAAGAAAGAACCUCCGAGGUCGGCCGCUCUGAUUAUUGAUGGGAUAACUUUGUCGUAUGCUCUUCAGCCUGACGUGGACAAGGCCUUCUUACAUCUGGCCAUGAGGUGUUCGUCUGUUGUCUGCUGUCGGUCUACUCCUAUACAGAAGGCUGCUGUGGUAAAAUUAGUGAGAGAUGAACUCAAACAGCUCACACUGGCUAUUGGUGAUGGUGCCAAUGACGUGAGCAUGAUCCAGACCGCUGAUGUUGGCGUGGGAAUCUCUGGCCAGGAGGGCAUGCAGGCAGUGAUGGCUUCGGACUUUGCUAUGGCUCGCUUCAAGUUCUUGGAGAGACUGUUACUGGUACAUGGGCACUGGUGCUAUGACAGGCUCGCCAGAUUCGCUCUGUAUAUGUUCUACAAGAAUCCACUGCCGAACUUCACGAUCUUCUGGUUCCAGAUCUACAGCGGGUUUUCUGGCUCGAUCACCAUGGAUCAGUACUACUUACUCCUCCUCCACGUUCUCUUCACAGCCUUUCCUCCUGCUGUCAAUGGCGUAUUUGACAAGGACGUCUCCGCCAAGACGCUCCUUACCAGACUGGACCUGUACAAAGUCGGCCAGGAGGGACGGAGUUACACAACGGUUCUAUUUUGGAUAUAUAUAUUGGAGACCUGGCUUCAGAGUAUAGCACUACAUUUUAUACCUCAUUUGGCCUAUGCUGGCAGUGAUGUGGGAUUGUGGGAAGUAGGGACCACAAUGACGGUCAGCCUCAUUUUAACCAUGCUGCUGUUCUUAGGGAUCGAAACCUGGUGCUGGACUUGGCUCCACUGGUGUACCCUGGUGGGCAGUUUCCUGAUGUACUGGGUAUUUGCCAUCAUCCUCGGAACAGUAUGUGUCACCUGUGACCCACCCUCCAACCCCUACUGGGUCUUACAGAACACUUGUCACCACACCUAUCACUCUGGCUGGUCGUCUGUCUCACCUGUACAGUCUGCCUAUUGCCCAGGUUUACGUUCAGAUGUCUGCAGACGAGUCUGUUUCCAAACGAUGUUCUCAAGGCUAGACUGGAUGAGAAACACGGGCUGAUAGGCAGAGGCACAAAGAAAAGGUCUACCCGUAGGGGUAGACCCAAAACCAAGCAAAACUUGCCUACAUCUCCCAGCUCUCCAUCACCUUUUCAAAACAAGUCUCACCUGGCUGCUAACGGGAACCGUCCGACCACCAGCAGCUCCGUGGAAGUUCAGGUGGAAGCAUAUCAAAACAGAGCCAUGGCCAAGAAUGCUGGCAGCACAAAGAUUCGGACUGUAGAAUCCAAAGAGUUGUAGUUCACCAGAAUCCUGAAAUGCAACACAAAUCAACCAAGAGGUGAACAAGUCAAGCUGCAGAAAGAACAGAACAAUAUGAAAUUGAGAGAGUUGCUGACCAAGAUCAGCUGUUAAACUUCUGUUUUUCCUCCGGAUGUUGUGUGAAGAAGAGAGACGAGGAGGAUUCUUACAAGCUCAAUGGUCUGAGCGUAUUGUCCAGUCAGCAGAAACUUUUGCCUAAAACAGUGUGAUAACAAAUGCAGGGAUGUUUUUGUAUAUUUGGGAUCAAAGCAUUCUUUUAUAUGACUAGUAUUCGUUAUGUUACUAGUAUUGGUUAUGUUACUAUUAUUGGUUAUGUUGCUCAAUGUGUGUGCUUAGUUACUGUAUUUGUGGUACUUUUGAAUGUGCAAUGAGCUAAAUGUACAUGUACAUGUUUGAUGCUAAAAACUGUGUUCCAUGGCAAUCUGUGCAUGGCAGAUUUUCCCAGUGUCAGAUACAACAGCAGGUCCACAUUUUCUCUGACAUCUUCCUGUUAUGGAGUUACACAAUUAAUCAGUAACAGAAAACAUAGCUGUCUCCUGUGUCAGAAUGUGACAUCAUGUGCCAUUGCCCCUGAUGUAAAGGUAAGCUCCCUUGAGGUCAGUUAAGCAUUGUAGCUGUAGCGGCUUGAAGCUUGCCUUGCGUUUAUAUCUGUGAGUAGCAGACCUUAGUUAUUUAUGUAUAUGAGAAGAGAAAUCAGUUGAAGGCCAUUUUCAUACAGUUGUCCAUAACUUUCUCCACCUCUAUAUCACACGUGUCAGAAGUGAUUUGCUGUGAAGAAUCUCACAUGAUUGACAUUCAAACAUAGAAUCACCAAUGCACAUUAUCUGUGGAGGUCCAUGAUUCAGGGAGGUUUCAUUGGAUUUGUGGAGUCUAAGAUCAAAAUAAACGGUUACCUAAGCUCCAAAUAACCUCUCGUUCAAAACCCAUGUCAUCCAAAACCCAUGUACUGUAAUUCUUCAACCUUUUCACAUGAUUACAAGGUCAUCUUAUUAGUUUGUAGUAAUGGCUCUUAAUAGUUUCCAGAUGUAUUGUACUUUGAUAUUACCUCUGACCAUUGGGAACUUGCGAUAAGCCUCAUCAGCUCAGUUCUUACUUCUGCUGUGCGUUGCUUUAGCUGACAUAUCCUGGGCUGUGUAUGUAGGUCAGCGUGUACUUAACAUGUAGCUCCUGUUUUGAACAAGAGCUCCUCAUUGCUCUGUUUGGUAAAGAAAAACUAACAAUGCACCAGUGUGAAGUUAACAGUUGUUGCCAGUUACAAGCAGGAGAGGUACAAGGCCGUAUUUCCCAGACAGUAGGAUAGUAUGUGUAGUGGCCUGCUGUCAGUUUCAUGCAUUCAUACAUGAAUGACAGAUCUUUGUGCUGUCUAUUAUGCUGCUGUUGGUUCCACACCUCUGCUGGCCAAGUAUUUAUGUUUGUAAUUGACUAAUAAUUCUAUAUGUUUUAAGACAUUUUUACAGGUCACCUAGUCCUGUCAGUUUGUACUUUUCUAUUCACCUCAGUCUAGGGAAUCAUACACACCGCUUCAGAAUCAUUACAUGACUAAAACAUCUCCAUGUUUUCUCAAAAACCAUUCAGACAUUCUUCAAAUUUCACUGUGACAUCCAGUGUAUUAUCAGUUUUUUUGUCUAUGAAGGAGUCCCAAAUAGAAACUUGCUGAAAAAGUAAAUCAUGAUUUCCUCUUCCAGAAAGGUUCUGUCUGAUUUUAGGAUGGUAAAAUUCUUAUUUCUCUUUUGCAUUGACUUGUAGAUUAUGUUAUAAACCAAUGUAUAAUUUAUAAAGCUAUACAUGUAGCUGUGUUAUUUAUAUAUGGAUAUGCAACUGGGGCAGUUUGCAGAAUCUCACCUCAUUUACUAGUGGGCAUUAGUGCUGUACAUGUAAUUGUAUUUAAAACCCCCAUAUGUCAUGCACAUGUGAUCUUAUCCAGGUAGUGAUAUAAUGUGUGCACUGUUUGACUCUCCAUCUUAUUCAGAGUAGGAUUUAAUUACUGGAUAUGGGUUAGUACUGUAACAAAACACACACUGAAGCUCAGACUCCUGGUUUAGUACUGUCAAGCUUGUGCUAUCUGUGUCAACGUCUCACUUCAAGAUUUAUCCAGGGAAGGAAUCAACACACCACAGUCCAUGGUACAUAUGUAACAGAGAGCUUCCACAGAGCCACAGGAACUAGAUCCUAAGCUAUAUCUUACAGACAAUCCAGCCACUUGGAAUCAAUGGCUAGAUAUGAAUUAUAUGGAAUAAGCUUAUCUCUUCUGUGACAUUUUAUGCUAGUUGCCGGUGGUUUUGCACAAAGAUAUUCCCUUUGGCUGUUAUCAUCCCAGCAAGGUAGCUUAUUUAAGGUUAUCUUGAAGUUACCAUGAAACUAAUCAAUCCCAGGUGGCUCAUACAGUAUCUGGAAAUGUUGGAUUUUAUGUAUAAGUCGUAAAAGCAUGUUUUCACUCCAAAAAAAACCUCAUCCCAAGAUGCAGAACAAAAAGUGGCCAGUGUUGAAUUCCCCUUUUCUUGUUCAGUGUGAUUAUUAAAACAAAUAAGGUAUUGAAUCGUUGAGAAGCGGUUCUCUUCUGGAUGGCUCAUUUCCCAGCAGUGUAUGGGUAAGAGGAUAGAUUUGAAGAAUAAGACAAGGUGCUGAAUAAGUUCUGAGGCAAUCUCCAGGUUUGUUUGGGUCUUGAUGACCUUUGACUGGAUGGUACCCAUAAGGCUCUUCGUGUGGUUUUACAUGAAGUUUGGUUGCGUACAUGUAGAUUUAGUUUGUGACUGAGACUGACUACAGUGAGAUAUUACUUUUCAGUGCACCAUAAAACGCCAAUCAAUCAAUCCAGUCAAUCUUCAUGUUCAUGUACAUGUGACAUGUUGCAUCAUUAUGUAUAGUUGUUAAUAGCUGGUUUUAUUUUUAUUCCUGUGCGUCAUUCUUUCUUGUGAUACAAUGUUCUCUGAGGUACAUGUACAUGCCAUGGGAAACUACAGUGCCAUAGGUUGACCAGUGCACAAGGCUAUCUUCCCUGAGGGAAACUAUGGGCGAGGCUACCUGCUUCUGUACAGUGAGUGUCAACCUUAUUUUAGUCUAGUGAGCUUAAACGGUGGUACCUAUAUGUAUAGGCCAAGAUGCAAAUUUCUCAGCAGAAUGUUCAAUUUAACUUGUUGAAUAUUUUCCAGACUUUGUUAGACAGGUGUGGUUGGUUGUCAUGUAACAUUUACAUGUAAGUGUAACAGUAUUUAAAGUCAUGAAAUGUUUUGCUGUUAACUUAAAUGCUGGACAUCAUAAGACUGCUGAGCAGGGAAAUUUGGCAACUAGAAUCUGAUGAGUACCAUAGUUUACC